AUGACAGAUCCUCAAGCUAUACAUAAAGAGGUUAUGGGGGAGAUAAUAAACAGAAGAAAACUCGGUGAAAAUAAGUAUCAUUCAGAAACAUCUCUUCAAAACUUAGAAGAAAGUGAGAUGGAAAAUACUGCAGAUAUGACAAAAGAUCCCGGGGUGUUGAAUUUGUCGGUAAAUGAUGUUUCAAAUCAAGACGAGAGUCUAGGACGUAGACGCACCAUGUCUCAACCUGGACCGGCGUCAGGAAGCUUACAAACCGCAACCGCAGCUCGAGCGGUACGUCGUCGCCCGCCCCGAAGCGUUAUGUACGCCCGUGAAUUAGAGAGAAAUGACUCUGUAACUAGGACAAUUAAAGAUGAUGAAACAACUUUUGGAACACCUGUAGGAGACGGAAACAAUCUUAAUCCUUUAUUUUUCAAUGGAAAUAUACGUGGUUAUGGAGACUCAAAAUCACUAAAUAACUACCGCAUAUACACAACAAAUGAUAUGCGAGGUGGCACAACUCCCCGAAAGCGCUCUGUCACUACCAUGGAUGCACAGUCUUUACGUUCUAUGGAGACUCAGGCACCGCCGCCAACUAGUCCAGAGGACAACAAGCGUCUCACCGCGUAA